UGGCGCAGCGAUCGGUGCAUUUCAAAGCACAAGUUUUGGGAGUGGCGUCUAAAAUCGUGUGUUAUUUUUUUUAUCGAUUUUAACUUGGUUUCAUAUUUUGUUUAUUUAUAAUGAAUUGGACAAGAGUAUCAGCCGUACUGGUUGCUCAGUUUUUAAUUAUUGUCACGGGACAGAGAUUUCCGACGAUUUCCUAUAUUUCCCAAGAGAAAGUAAUAGACAUUGGUGGAUCUAUUGAGCUGGAAUGCUCUGUGCAGUAUGUUAGAGAUUUCCCCGUUUUGUGGAUUAAAAUGGACAAUGUUGAUCCUUCAAGAACUAUUCCACUUUCCACUGGUUCAAACCUCAUCGUUAAAGACAGCAGAUUUAGCUUGCGAUAUGAUCAAGCCAGUUCAACCUACACUCUGCAAAUCAAGGACAUUCAAGAAAAUGAUGCUGGAAAAUACCAGUGUCAAGUAUUGUUGACAGUGACAGAGAAAAUUUCUGCAGAUGUAGCAGUCUCUGUUCGUAUUCCACCCAUCAUUUUUGACAAUUCCACAAGAUCUGUGGUAGUCAGUGAAGGGGAAGGUGUCAAACUCGAAUGUUAUGCUGGUGGCUAUCCAGCACCAACGGUAUCUUGGCGCCGUGAAAACUACGCCGUGCUACCCACCGGAGGGUCUCAAUACCGUGGCAACAUUCUAACAAUCCCGAGCGUCAACAAAAAUGACCGUGGAACCUACUACUGCGUUGCUGAAAACGGUGUCGGCAAAGGCAAGCGACGCAAUAUCGCAGUUGAAGUCGAGUUUUCGCCCGUGAUCACAGUACCCAGACCCCGACUAGGACAAGCUUUACAAUACGAUAUGGACCUUGAAUGCCAUGUUAUUGCGUAUCCACCUCCAGCAAUUACUUGGUGGAAGGACGAAGUUCAGUUAUCCAAUAACCAGCAUUACAGUAUUUCACACUUUGCCACUGCCGACGAGUUUACCGAUACAACGUUGCGUAUCCUGACAGCUGAAAAGCGCCAAUACGGUCAAUAUUAUUGCAAGGCCGCCAAUAAACUGGGCUCCGAUCAGGCUUCAGUCGAGCUCUUUGAGACGGAGAUUGGCUUUCGAAGAUAUCCGGUCCUACUUCAUUGGACAUCAGAAAGCAGAAGCCGAGCAACAUCCGAUACUUUUCUUAGCAUUUGUAGCCCAAACAUCUGCUCAUGUCUCGUGCAAAUCACGUUUCUCUAUUUCUUUUCAUCUCUACAUUGAUCUUCACUUUGCAACUCAAUCCCUCCACUUUGUUUUUUACCUUUUAAUUGACAAAACAGGAACACCUUUGUGUUUUUAACGUUCAAGUUGUGAGCCACGACUGCCUAGCAGUAAUGUAAAAAUGUGUACCUCAAGAGACAACAACAUUCAGGUACGUUUAGUAUAGGAUGCAUACACAUUCCAUCACAUAUCGAUACUGGUUCCCCUCCCCCCCCUCAUAUCCAGCUAGUAAUUAAUUCCCAUUGGCUGGAUAUGAAUAUGUCAGGGAUUGUGUCUUGUUUUUCUCUUCUUUUUUUUUUUAUUAAUCCCAAUUUCGCGCAAAAGCAUUAGUGCCACAACAUUCCGUUGAACAAAUAAAAAUGUAUUAUAGUUUC